AUGGGUGAAGAGGCUGAUACUCAGGCGUGGGAUACCUCAGUGAAGGAAUGGCUCGUGGAUACGGGGAAGGUAUACGCCGGCGGCAUUGCUAGCAUUGCAGAUGGGUGCCGCCUGUUUGGCGCUGCAAUAGACAAUGGGGAGGAUGCGUGGAGUCAGUUGGUGAAGACAGGAUAUCAGAUUGAAGUGCUUCAAGAGGACGGCUCUUCAACUCAAGAGGACUGCGAUGAAGCGGAAACCCUGCGGCAAGCAAUUGUUGACGGCCGUGCCCCAAACGGUGUUUAUAUUGGAGGAGUUAAAUAUAAACUCGCAGAAGUUAAACGUGAUUUCACCUAUAACGACCAGAACUACGACGUGGCGAUUUUGGGGAAGAACAAGGGUGGCGGUUUCCUGAUUAAGACUCCGAACGACAAUGUGGUGAUUGCUCUUUAUGACGAGGAGAAGGAGCAGAACAAAGCAGAUGCGCUGACAACGGCACUUGCCUUCGCUGAGUACCUGUACCAGGGCGGCUUCUAA